UUGCUCGGGGGGCAGGAGACAGUAGUCCAUGCGCUGUUUGUGUGAUGGGGCGAAAUUCAUCUGGAAACAGACGGGAAGAAGAUGACUUGGCGAGGUCUAUGAGUCGGAGGGGGAGCUUUGCAUCAGCUAGCCGGAAAGGCUGGGCAUCUGCCAGUAUCCGGGAGGCGUUGGUGGCUCCGGGAGGAGAUGUUUUCCAAAAAAGUGGGAGAUGUGAUGAUGAGGAAGAGCUUAAGUGGGCUGCCAUUGAAAGGCUUCCUACUUAUGCUCGUAUGAAGAAGGGAAUUAUGAACAAGGUUUUGGACAAUGGAACAAUUGUCCGUGAAGAAGUUGAUCUUUCCCAUCUUGGUAUGGAAGACAGGAAGCAACUCAUGGACAGUAUGCUAAAAGCUUUCGAAGAUGAUAAUGAGAAUUUACUGCUGAAGCUCCGAGAACGAAUUGAUAGGGUUGGGAUCAGCAUUCCCCAAUGUGUAGUCAGGUUUGAACAUUUAUCAAUUGAAGGAGAUGCAUUUUGUGGAAGCAGAGCACUUCCAACUUUGCUGAAUUCAACCAUCAAUGCAUUCGAGGGUAUUCUUGGUUCUCUGAAGAUUUUCCCAUCUAAGAAAAAAGCUAUCAAAAUACUAGAUGAUGUCUCUGGAAUAGUGAAACCGUCGAGGAUGACACUACUUCUGGGACCUCCAAGCUCUGGGAAGACUACUUUGCUGAAGGCAUUAGCAGGAAAGUUAGAGGAAGAUCUUAGGGUAACCGGGAAAAUCACUUACUGUGGCCACGAAUUGAGGGAGUUCAUUCCUCAGAGAACUUGUGCUUACAUAAGCCAGCAUGAUCUUCAUCACGGUGAGAUGACUGUUAGGGAAACCUUGGAUUUUUCAGGGCGUUGUUUUGGAGUUGGUGCAAGAUAUGAACUGCUUUCUGAGUUGUCGAGGAGAGAAAAAGGUGCAGGAAUCAAGCCGGACCCUGAGAUUGAUGCGUUCAUGAAAGCCAUUGCAAUUGCUGGCCAAAAGAGUAGUGUGGUCACAGACUAUGUGCUCAAGAUAAUUGGACUGGAUAUUUGUGCUGAUACAAUGGUCGGCGAUGAAAUGAGAAGGGGUAUUUCUGGAGGACAAAAGAAGCGUGUAACGACUGGAGAAAUGUUGGUUGGCCCUGCAAAAGUUUUCUAUAUGGAUGAAAUCUCGACUGGUCUUGACAGUUCCACCACAUUUCAAAUCGUCAUGUACAUGAGACAAAUGGUUCAUAUAAUGGAUCUAACCAUGAUAAUCUCUCUUCUCCAACCUGCCCCUGAAACUUUUGAUCUUUUUGAUGACAUUAUAUUGCUUUCAGAAGGAAAAAUUGUAUAUCAAGGUCCUCGUGAGCAAGUUCUCGAUUUUUUUGAGAGCGUGGGAUUCAAAUGUCCCGAAAGGAAAGGAGUCGCAGAUUUUCUCCAGGAGGUUACUUCCAAGAAGGACCAAGAACAGUAUUGGUCGAGGAAAAAUGCACCUUACCGUUACAUAUCAGUAUCCGACUUUGUUAAUCACUUUGAGUCUUUCUAUAUGGGGCAGAAACUUUUCAGUGAACUCAGUGUCCCUUAUGACAAGAGUAAAACCCAUCCAGCUGCAUUGGUGAAGGAGAAGUAUGGUAUCUCGAACAAAGAUCUUUUCAAAGCCUGUUUUGCAAGAGAGUGGUUAUUGAUGAAACGCAACUCAUUUGUGUACAUUUUUAAGACUACACAAAUUACAAUUAUGGCUCUAUUUACUUUCACUGUGUUCUUUAGAACACACAUGAAGUAUGGAGAGAUAGAUGAUGGGGGUAAAUUCUAUGGGGCACUUUUCUUCAGCCUGAUUAACGUGAUGUUCAAUGGGAUGGCUGAGCUUGCAAUGACCAUAUUUAGGCUUCCCGUGUUCUUCAAACAACGGGAUGCCCUAUUUUACCCGGCCUGGGCUUUUGCUCUACCAAUUUGGCUCCUCAGGAUUCCUAUCUCUCUCAUGGAGUCAGGAAUAUGGAUCAUUCUCACGUAUUACACUGUUGGAUUUGCUCCUGCUGCUAGCAGGUUCUUUCGCCAAUUCUUGGCAUUUGUUGGUAUCCAUCAGAUGGCCUUGGGUCUCUUCCGUUUCAUUGCAGCCCUCGGAAGAACACAAGUUGUUGCAAAUACUCUAGGAACCUUCACCCUGUUGUUGGUUUUUGUCCUUGGCGGAUUUAUCAUUGACAAAGACGACCUUCAGCCAUGGAUGAAAUGGGCCUAUUAUCUUUCUCCAAUGUCAUACGGACAAAAUGCAAUCGUAUUAGUGGAAUUUCUCGACCAAAGAUGGUCAACACCUAAUGUUGAUCCCGAAUUUCGUGGAAGUAAUGCUGGUCUUGAACUUCUAGAAGGCAGGGGGAUGUUCACGGAAGAACAUUGGUAUUGGAUCUGUGUUAUUGCGCUGUUUGGAUUUUCUCUUUUCUUCAACCUCUGCUUUGUUGCAGCAUUGACGUUCUUGAAACCAUUGGGAGAUUCCAAAUCUGUUAAUUUAAUCUCGGAAGGUGAAAGUAAGAAGAAAAAGCGGCCAUUCUCUAAUGGGAAGGUGGCAACAGAAAGGAGCUCAGCCUCUCCAGGGAAAAACAUGCCCGAACAAGAAAAUGUAAACGAUUCAGUCAGUGCAACUAAUAAACGAGGAAUGGUCCUCCCGUUCACGCCCUUAUCACUUUCAUUUGAUCACGUAAAUUACUACGUUGAUAUGCCAGCAGAAAUGAAAAGCCAAGGAGUUGAGGAGACGCGGCUCCAAUUGUUGCGAGAUGUCAGUGGUGCUUUUAGGCCUGGUGUUUUAACAGCAUUGAUGGGGGUCAGUGGCGCUGGAAAAACCACUUUGAUGGAUGUUUUAGCUGGGAGAAAAACUGGUGGAUACAUUGAAGGGGACAUCAGAAUAUCUGGUUACCUGAAGAAUCAAGUGACAUUUGCACGCGUUAGUGGCUACUGUGAACAGAAUGACAUUCACUCUCCACAUGUUACCGUUGAGGAGUCUCUCAUGUAUUCGGCCUGGCUACGUCUUCCAGCAGAUGUAAAAAAUGAAACAAGGCAGAUGUUUGUUGAGGAAGUGAUGGAGUUAUUGGCACAGGUGGCUGUAGAAACAAUUUAUGUAGCCAUCCAAACCUUUGUUUACAGCCUUCUCCUUUACUCGAUGAUCGGAUUCGAUUGGCAAGCAGACAAGUUCUUGUGGUUCUAUUACUAUGUUUUCAUGUGCUUUGUCUACUUCACUCUCUAUGGAAUGAUGCUUGUAGCCCUUACCCCAAGUUACCAAAUAGCUGCAAUUGUCAUGUCAUUUUUCCUCAGCUUCUGGAACCUGUUUUCGGGUUUCCUCAUUCCUCGAAUGCAAAUUCCCAUAUGGUGGAGGUGGUACUACUGGGGUUCUCCAGUGGCAUGGACCAUCUAUGGGCUUGUAACAUCACAAGUUGGGGACAUAACGGACAAUGUACUUGUACCCAAUCAUGGUGGCAUCCCAGUGAAGGACUAUCUUAAACAGUUUCUAGGUUAUGAAUCCGAUUUCCUAGGAUAUGUUGCUUUGGCACAUGUUGGUUGGGCACUUCUUUUCUUCUCUGUCUUUGUAUAUGGCAUCAAGGUGUUGAACUUCCAGAGGAGAUGAAGAGGACAAGAAAUCAAGAAAAAUUUGUCAUGCACAGACAGUUACGGAAAUAUAUCCUAAGAAGGCAAAUUAAAUUUCCAUGUGUUCUCUUUCUUUUUUUUUGGUAAUCAUUUACUUCAUUUAGUUUUUUGGCAAAGAAAUGAAUGUACAUUAACGUAAUUUGAUUGUUCUUCAAAUUAAAUAAAAAUA